AUGCUUCUCCUUCUCGUUCCUCAGUCCGGGAGGUUCCAGCAGCUCUGCAAAUCUUCCAUGGCAGAUGAGAAGACUUUGAACCCCCAAGCACCCGAAUUCAUCCCCACCUCUCUCUUCUCUAGCCACUAUUCGCCUCCAAAUUUAUUUCUCUUCUAUCACAAUAGCUUCUCAACCCCAUUUUUUACACCUCUCUACUCUACCUCCUACUUACCUUACCCAUCUCUGUUCAUCUCACCACAGCGUGUUUUCUCGCCGGUUCCACUCCAGUUGCCGCCGCCUAUGGAGUCGCCGGUGGUGGAGGCUUCGUCUGAGGAUGAUACCCAGGUGGAGAAGCAAGCUGUGAUGGAGAAGAAGGUAGUUGUUGAGAAGUUUAGUCCGAGAAUAGUGAGUAAAGGUGUUAGGAAUCGGUGGGUUUUGAGGAAAGGUGGCGGUGGGCAAGGGUUUCGAGGGCAUGAAAACCAGAACAAGCAGGCUUGGAGGGUCAGGGUUGGUGAUGGUGAUCGGAAUCGGUAUUGUGGGAAGGUGGAGUUGAAGCCUAUUACACGCAAAAAAAACCCUAAGGAUGUGCUGCCUAUUCAGCCCGGUAGCAACGACACCACCGUUAUGAUCAGAAACGUACCAAAUAAAUACACUCGUGAAAUGUUACUGCAAUUCCUUGAUGAGCACUGCAUGAAAGAGAAUCAGAAACUAGGGUUGGAGAAUUCUGAAGAAGCCGAUCAGGAAGAGCGGAUUGUCUCAGCCUUCGACUUUCUGUAUUUGCCUAUAGAUUUCGAUACUGGGAUGAACAAGAGCUAUGCGUUUGUGAACUUCACACACCCAAAAGCAGUGUGGAGGUUUCACUUUGCUUCUCACAAUCAGAAAUGGGAACUUUUCCACUCUAAGAAGAUACGUGAAAUAGUCUGCGCAAAGAUCCAGGGGAAGGAGGCGCUGGUGAAGCACUUCGAGAAGAUGAGCUUUGCGUGUGAAUGGGAUGAGUUCCUACCCUUGUGCUUCAGCCCAGCUCGGGAUGGCUCCAGGGAGUUGGUGAAGCAAAGCACCGUGGGUAGUAGAGUCGACGCAUAACCCCCACUCCUCCACAUUGCAUCUGAGUCUCACGCCAACCAAAUCUAGCUGUCUGGGUUUAGAUUUCUGAGUCGUCUGACAUGACAACCGCAGCAGCUUCUGUGUCUCAUCCUGUCACCAUCACAUCUAUAUUUUAUAUAAUAUGUAGAUUUGGGUCAGUUUUCUCCUAUAAAAACUCUUAAGUUGAGUUCAGUUUCUGUUUCUGUUUCUGUUUCAGUUAGCGAGAUCAGGGUAAGCUGUUAAAGGGUGAGUGUUAAUGGUGGAACUGGGUCCACCUUCCACCCCAUGUUGGGAAGGGUUUUGAGAAGAAAAGAGUGGUGGAGCAUAGCACCUGAACCUUUUCACACUGGAAUGGUAGGUGCUGGGGUCCACCCUCUUCCAUCGAUCAUCAAUGGGUGUAGUUAAUCCAUGUUAUGUUAUAAGCUGUGAUGUUGUAAUGUA